CCUUCGCAGUACCCUCGCAGUGGCGGCGGCUCUGGCAUGGCGCCGGCCACGCCCUUUGCUUCAUACCACCGCCAACGGCCCGCGCCCCCGAACCAGCACUCGUCCCUGCGCUUGUCCCUGCUCGCCAUAGCCGCAACGACAGAGAGCAGGAUACAGCUCCCAGUCAGUCUGGCCAGGAGCGACCCCGAAACAACCCCAGACGCUCAUCGCGCCGCUGCACGACGCCCCGCGGCCUCCUCCCCCAGAUACGCAGAUCCAGGGCGCCGAUUAGACAGUGCAAUGACGAUCGACACGCCCAGUUUUUUCGAGAGUGCGUCGGGCGACUUCGAGCAGAUGAUGUCCGACUGGCCGAAGGACGGCGACUGGUUGGGCAAGUCCAGCGAGCACCAUGACCCUCUCUUUCAACAUCCCCCGAUGCAGCAGGGUACACCCACAUCUUCUGCCUGGUCUCCUGCAUCCACCCUGUCCGCGUGGUCGGACAACACACCUUGGCUCUCGACCAGCAUCACGGGCCAGUGCACGGACGAUUGCUUCGUGAUCCACUGCGACGACCCAGGGCAUCCAGCCGAGGGAGGAUGCUCAGAGCCAGGCUGCGCGACUGACGCUAGCUGCGACGAUGCAGAGUGCUCGACAGCCGCGCCCUGCGAUCCCAACUGCAAAGAUGGCAAUUGCGAAGGAGCCGCGGAUAUAUUCUGCACGGACCCCCGAUGCGUCGACAAUACGCACUGUGACGAGUGUUGCGAACUUCCCUGGCUCCCUCAGAACAGCACGGGCGAUUUUGGCGACCUGCAUUUUCCCAGCCACAACGAAACCGCCCCUCCGUCCGGAGAUACCCCUAACUUCUCUUGCCUGUCGGUCGCCCACCGGGACCACAUCCCAGCAAAUAUCCCCGGCGCCCCCGUCCUCGACAGCGGCUUCGUCGCCGCCGCGAUGCGCGACCCCGUCUGCCGGCGCCAGCUCCUCGACAUCUACCUCAACAACAUGUACCCCGACCCGGCGCAGCGUCCGCGGCCGUCGUAUGCCUCCGGCGACUCGCCCGCAUUCGACGCGGCGUCCCUGCUCGUCGGGUCCUCCCUCAUCACGCCGCUCACGCCGCCGAUGUACUACACCGAUACCACGGGGGUGACGCGGAUUCUCAGGCCGGCAGACCUCAGGCCUGAUCCUGCGCGCGGGCUGCCGGGCCUGACGUCUCGCGAUCUGCCGCGCGGCCAUAUGUUCGAUGGGGUCGAGUAUCCGUGCGCGGCGCGGCUUGAGCUCGAGGAGGCGGAGGAGGGCGACCGCCGGGGGCGCAAGCGGUCGCGGGAGCCGCAGCUGCAGCCGCAUCCGCGCGAGUUUGAGGCGCUGUUUGGUUUGGGGCACUCGCAUGCGCCUCAGAAUCACCAACGUCCUCAUGAUCAUCAACACCCACAUGAGCACCAACACCCACAGGAUCAUUCGCACCAGCACCACCACUCGCACGCCCCCAAGCGCGCUCGCGGCUCGGACGACCGGCCCAUGUCGCCCUCCGCGUUCGCCCCGCUGCGCAUCCCGCCCCAUCUCGCGCAGAAGCCCGAGCUCUUGCCUCCUGAACGCCUGCGCGGAUUCCGCUCUGCGGACUUCCCGCACACGCACAUCAUUGAGGGCGUCGAGCUGCCGUGCAUGAGCCGCAUCGAGCUGGAGGUGCGCGAGGAGCUUGGGCUCGACUCGGGCUCCCCGUCGGACCAAGCCAGCGCUACGUCCAGCAACAGCGCCUCGCCCAGCGCUGACGGCGCCGCCACCACGAACACGCUCGCGAUGCCCGAGCUGGCGCUGCCCCCCGCGCCCGCCCCGGACGCGACCGCGAACUGCAUGUGGGCCGGCUGCCACCGCACCUUCACCUCCGUCCAAGCGCUCGCCGCGCACGUCAACGCCGAGCACCUCGCGCUCGUCACCCCCGCCGACCCGCUCUCCGCGCCCGUCUGCCAGUGGAACGAGUGCGCGCUCCAACCGCAGGCAUCAUGGCAGGCCCAGAGCGCCGCGUUCUCGCCGAACGCCUUCCCCUUCGCGCGCCAGCAGCUCGCGGAGCACUUCCUGCAGCACCACCUCGGGGUGUCGCAGGCGCACGCGACGAUGUUGCUGAGGGGCGACAACCGGGGCACGCCGAGCCGCUCGCCGUCGCAGGAGCCGGGGACGAGCACGAGCACGGAUAAUGAGGAGCAGACGGGCGAGCACGACUGCGCGACGGCGGCGCACGUAUGCCAAUGGCGCGGCUGCAAGGCUACAUUCGAUAGCUGUGCGGCGCUGACGCAGCACCUUGACAAGGUGCACGUCGUGGGCGGGAGAUCGAGAUACGACUGCUUCUGGGGCACUUGCGAGCGCAAUGGCGAGCGGGGGUUCUCGAGCAAGCAGAAGAUCUGUCGGCAUCUGCAGACCCACACCGGCCACCGGCCCUUCACCUGCAGCGAGUGCGGGCAGCACUUCAGCGAGGCGGCGACGCUCGCGCAGCACAUGCGCCGCCACACGCGCGAGCGGCCCUACAAGUGCGACCACCCCGGCUGCGGGAAGGCGUUCGCGAUCAUGGGCGCGCUCACGAUCCACAAGCGCACGCACAAUGGCGACAAGCCGUUCAAGUGCGGCGUGUGCGGGAAGGCGUUCGCGGAGAGCUCGAAUUUGUCGAAGCAUCAACGCACUCAUACUGGACUCCGCCCGUUCGCGUGCGCGCAUCCGGGGUGCGGGAAGGCCUUCGCGCGCGUCGACCAGCUGAAUCGACAUAUGAAUGUGCAUACGAGGAAGGAGGGACAAGGAUCGGGACAGGGAUCCUCACGCUCUUGAACGACUGGAGGCCCUGCUCUUGAGCGAUAGCGGGAUUGCCGUGGUGGCUGACGACGAGGUGUGGUGAACGACGAUGCUGUGGUGUUUGACGACGAUGUGUGCUCCUCGCCGAGUCGGAGUCGCAGCACGCAAGCGACGAAGGACGAGAUAAAGGCGAUGUAGAAACUAUACAAUGGUAAAAAUUCAUAUGCUGGCUGGCCGCGCAUGACCGUCGAUUCAACCGCGGACCGUGUUUGCGUGACUAUAGGCGUAUGGUUGUGCGCGGCCAUAGCCAAGGACCUUAAAGUCUUUGUACAGCUAGUGAUUCCGAGUAACUUUAUUAGCUAUGUAGAACUAGUACACGUCAUCGUCGCCACGUAUGCAAGUGCUCACGAACUCAUAUGUUUCUUCAUACUCAUCCGUGUAACUAUAUCAUGCAUAUGCAUACCUUUGUCUUGUGCA